GGACUGACCGUGCCCGGGACUCGCCGAUUGCGCUGCCGCGCUCCCCUCUGCUGACGCCUCCUCUUCCUCGCCGGAGGGAGCCCGCCGGCCACAAGCAUGGGCUGCAUCGGCUCCCGGACCGUCGCAGCAUUCUGGGGGCUAAAUGGAGAAGACCCCACUGCUUUUCCGUAUCCAAGAGGCUGUGUGUGUGUAAAAAGUAUCAUCUUGUCACAGCUGAUUUAUGGCGACCCUGUAGGGUUUUCAAGGCAAGAGGUUAACAAGAGGUGGUUUGCCAUUGCCUUCCUCUGGGUAGUGAUCCUCGUAUUCCUUAGUAGUCUCUCAUCCAAGCACUAACCAGGGCCAACCAACCCUGCUUAGCUUCUAAGAACUGAUGAGAUCAGGCAGGCCUGAGCGAUAGGAAGGUGACAAUUUGCAGACAAAAAUUCAGCAGCAAAGAGCAUCUUUCUGUGACAUGCCUCUGAAGAUGCCAGCCAAAGAUGCGGACGAAACAUUCGGAGCAAAAACUACCAGACUGUGGCCACACUGCCCAGAAAACCUGCAACAAUCAACUUAGCUGUUCUCUCCAUCUGCUACUUUUCCCUAGAAAAGGAAACGAAGUGAUUGCUGUGGACUGGAAAGGACUGCGAGAUGUCGACCAGAUCAAUAUGGAUAGCACCAGCUCGCUACAUGGCAGCAGCAUUCACCGGCCCUCCACGGAGCAAACACGGACAGACUUCUCUUGGGACGGCAUUAAUCUCUCUAUGGAAGACACAACCUCCAUCCUUCCCAAGCUGAAACGAAACUCCAAUGCGUAUGGGAUCGGAGCCCUUGCUAAGUCCUCUUUCUCUGGCGCCUUAGGGAUAUCUCGCAGCAUGAAGGAUCACGUCACCAAACCCACAGCCAUGGGCAGUGGUCGUGUUGCUCACAUGAUCGAGUGGCAGGGCUGGGGCCAAGGGUCCACCACACAGCAAGUGCACACCCACGAAACCAUCCGCAAGGAUGCCGAUGCCUACUCUGACCUGAGUGAUGGCGAGAAGGAGGCCCGGUUCCUUGCAGGGGUGAUGCAGCAAUUUGCUAUCUCCGAGGCCACCCUCAUGGCUUGGUCUUCCAUGGAUGGCGAGGAUGUCAGUGUCAAUUCCACCCAGGAGAACCAAGCUGGCAACUACAGUGAGGUGAUGGAGAACCAGGAUCACGUGGCCCAGGCACAGUACGACAGCUGGCCCCAUUCCUACGUCUCCCAGGGCAUGUAUUGCCUGGGCUCCUCCGAUGCCUGGGAGACAAGCGACCAGUCUCUCAUCGCUUCCCCAGCUGCUGGCUCCUAUGCCGGCCAGAACUUUGAAGACUCCCAGCCCAACCUGCAGGAGAGUGUUCUGAUCCAGAACAACCUUAUCCAGCAGCACCAGUUGCUGCAACAACACCAGCAGCAGCAACUGCAACAACACCAGCUUCUGCAACAACAACAGCAGCAGCAGCAACAACAGCAGCAGCAGCUGCUGAUGCAACAACAACAGCAGCUGAUGCAACAACAGCAGCUGCAGCAGCAGCAGCAGCAACAGCAGCAGCAGCAGCAGCAGCAACAACAACAGCAGCAGACCCUGCUUCCAAAUACAGGCCUAGUUGAGGUUUGGCCUGCUCAGACAGUUCCUAGCAGUGACGGCGACAACACAGAAUCUGAUACCUUAGUAGGCGUUCACACAGAGGAGGACGGGGACCCCUCGCUGGAGAAAGCCUCACUCUUGGACAAGAAGCCCUCGCCGGAGGAGGAUGAUGUAGUGUGUCGGGACCUGGAGUCCCUUUCCCCUCGGGAGGAGCUGGAGCCCGCUGCCCUUAGCCGCAAAGUCUCUGACGUAACAUCAUCUGGGGUACAGUCUUUCGAUGAGGAGGAAGGCGAAGCCAACAACUGACGCUGCCACAGAGAACCCCUUUGCCGUUAUGCAUGGGAAACAUGGGUGGGGAGUGUUCGGGAAGCCCCUCUCCAGCUCCUCAAAUUCCCCAGGCACAUGAGCACACUUGGGGUUUUGUGUUUUGUUAUUUAUUUUACUUAAAGAAUAAUCCAAGGACCGAAAUUUCGGGCCAAUGCCAAACCUCCAUCUCUUCCUGCACAUAUUGGACUGAAGACUGGAGACCCUAGAUGGGGCAGGCACAGGAAGCUCAGGGAACGGACAUCCUCUGAUUCUGGGGGCAGGUUGUGCUGAGAGGCAGGGUUGCUGUGCUCCGGAUGCAAAUUCAGGCUUAAUAUAGCAAUGGAGAGGAAGUUGCUGCAGUCUGCAUUCGCCCAAGGCAGAUGCGGGCAGAUGUUUUGUACUGUGAGUGUGGCUCAGGGGUAGCCGGAAUGCGUGGCUUUGUAAGCACACAUACAUCCAAAAUGGCAGCCCCAAGCCUAUUUGCCAAGUCUAGUUUUUGUAGGGAAGGAGUUAUUUUUGCUCGAGAUUUGUGUACCAGGAUGGGGAAGGAAUGACUCUGUGGAUAAGUAUACCAGAAGGGAAGGUGGGUACCAGUUUUCUGGCAGCGUGGUGAGUCCAGUUGAAACCUCAUUCUCUCGCAUUGAUUCUCUGGGAAGAUCCCCUGAUUCACUUUUUAAUAAUCUCCCCCCAUCUGGGAGCUGGAGAGUGGGUUUCCCUCACUUAUUUACUGCUGGGCACUGCAUGCAAGGGAGGGAAAGGGAGGUGACCUCUGUCUUUUUAAAUAUAAUUUGUACAGACAUGAAGCCUUUUUUUUUCCAUCUGCGUGCAGGGAAAACAAGACAGAGAGGUCAAGGGGAAGCAAGCAUGUAUGGUUUCAAUGUCAGUUUUCCAGUUUACAUUAGGGCAUUUGUUGCUUUUUUCCUUAUUUUUAAAAAUAUCUCCAGUUUCUCUAAAUGGUGGCUACCAGAGAGAAAGACCUGGGAUACCACCUGUGGUGAAGUAACACGCUUUUCCCCUUCGCCAUGUCUUCUGUAGUGCCAAAACAUCGACGGUGCAGAAAAUGAGGAGAGUUAAAUUCUGUUUUCUUUCAUUUCACUUUUGUCCUUUCUUUUCCAAUCUGUUCUUUGUCAUUGAUAUUGUUGACAACGUCUCUCAAACUUUGACUCAACCAGGAAUGGGGAAAGCAUCUUUUUUAUUUUUUUUAAUGAACAAGAAGUCAUCGUUUAUAUAUUAUAUAUUUUGGGCUUAAGUUGUCCCACCUUAAUUGCUGUUUUGCAGGGUUUAUAAGCAAGUAUUUAAAAAAACACACAUACACACACACAAUUUUUUAUCCUCUCUGACCUUCUGCAGAGAAUAAAAGGGAAACAAAAAAAGCAGCAUGGGACAAUUAACAUUUGCCAGGUGGCAACCAAAAAGAACGUGGUCGCUACUGAAGCCAAUUGUGUCCCAUAAGGAAGCUCUCGCCAAAGGUGACUUGAGCUAAAGGUAACUUGGCCUGGCAAAGAGCAUCCUUCUGGAAAAAGGACCUGUGUCUACUCCAGUCUGGAAGUGCUUCUCCCAGGACACUUCUUGCCCGUGCACUAUUGAUGAACAAUCAAAGAAGUUCUUCAGCUCAUCUGUUUCGGAAGCCAAGCGAGCUCCGUCUUCCCUCUCUGUCGCACUUUCUUUGGAAACAUUGUCGUGAUGAUGGAGAAAGUGCUUGGGCAGGAGUGUACCACAGCAGAUGCAUGAAACGACACCUUCCUCUUCUCUGUUCCCCAUUUCUUUAGCUCUUCCUGUCUCCACGAGUGGGGAGCUGCUCAGUUUCUGAGCAUUGGGGGAGUCUAGUUUUGCUCUCUUUCUCUCUUUUAAAAAUAUGUUUACAUGCUUUGGUGCCAACCUCUGAAGGCAAGGAGGAUUGAGCACAGCACUGCUCUGAACGUGAGGGGGAAAGCCUCAUGUUCCCAUGCUUCUCUUCAAUUGCUGCGCUCCGGCUGUCCGUCAGUGUGGGGUAAUUCUGCCCACAGUGACGAGGAGGAAAUGAAGAAAAUGCAGAGGGCCAUCUUCUCUGCAAAUGGAAACUAGAGGAUUCCAGGUGCCCCAAAGGUUUUGGAGCCUUCAGGAUAACCAGGAAAGAUUUGGGAUUCUUCCCAAAUUCGGGCAGGAAGGGGGAAGCGUCAGGCAGCCUGCUACUUCUUCCCUCCAAACUCUUUUGCUCCACGUGCCUAUCCAGGACCAGGACUUAACCGCCUGGAUGUUUACGGUAAUUAUAUUUCAGUGUCAAUGUAUCCUCCCGUCAUCUUGGCACUUACAAGGCUCAAGACAAAAGUGACUCAUCUUAUUUCGCUCUGUUCUUUUAAUGGCUUUUAAAAAAAACCAAAAUUGCAA